UGAAUUCAGUAUGGACGCCUCUGUCUCGGCAGCCAGUCGCUUUUACCGCCACAUUUUCAAAUUUGGAAUUUUGGACCGGAACAAUUUUAAUUCUAUUCGCGUGUGAAAUGGACCUUAUUUACUUUCAUGUGCUAAACGCUUUCGAUGUGCAGUUGUUUUAAGUUUAAAAAAUUAAAUCCAAUAUGGAAUCUCAUUCAGUGUUUUGAAAAUAGAACGCCAGCGACUGCCAGUGCCAACUCGCGUGAACGUUUUGUAAACAGAAAACAUCUGAUCGAUUUCGAACGUGGAAUUUUGUGACUGAAUUUUAUUAAUUAAUUUUGUAAUCGAUUACAUGAGAGAUGUGGAUAUAAUGAGUUUUUAAUCGAUUGACGCAAUAGAUGCUUAAUUUAUUCUUUGGUAUGGUUUGAUACAAUGUUAAUUGCGCGUGUGAAAAUCAUCUUUUUGUUGGAUUAUAAACCUGUGGAUUUUUAGAAAAACAAAAAAUGAAUCACAAUCGGCCCUUUUUUGGGUCCCACUCGGACACGUCUGCUAUAAAUUUGAAACAUAUGGUGACAGACCUAUUCGCCCAAAUGCGGGAGCCGUCUCCAGGGGCCCCCAGUCCCAGGGGGUCUACGGGGUCCCUCUCCAACGGAGCUGUGACCAAAAACAUUGGGUUCCAACAGCAGAACUCCGAAUUACCCUGGACAAGUCCAGCAAUUUCGCUUCCGGGGAACUGCAAUAGUAACUUAACGAGUGAACAAGCCAACCUUGUGCGCAGUGUAAGUAAUGCCUCUGCAUUAACUUCACUCUGCGCUGAUCUGUCACCGACUGACUCCCAUUUCUUUGAGGUUUUAUACAUCGGCAAAGUGCGUAUAUCACAAAGAAAGGUCCCAGAAUCGCUCAUUGACGAUGCGCUGAUGAAAUUCGCUCAACACGAAGCUGAGAAAAUUAAGGGUCUAAGGCGGCACAGCCUAUUAUCUUCCACUGGGACUUCCGUUUACAGUAACGAUUCAUCAGAAAACCUAGACAAAUCUGAUAAGCUUAAUUCAAAACCAAGUCUGAUACCAAGUACAACUCCUUUAGAACCAGACAAAGAAACGCCUUGGAAAAGUGCUGAAACACUCACAAAAAAACCAAAAGCGGAGACUAAUGAAAUCGAUAAAGAAUUUGAUGUGUUCACUAAAGAGAGAGUAGAAAUAAACUCUAAGAAACAAAACGAUCAAAUUACGAAGAAUAAUUUGGGAACUGUGAACGAAGAUGAAGAAAAAACUGAUAUACAAACUAUCAUAAGCGAGACAGCUACAUCUAUAAGUGCAUAUUGUAAAAAUACAAUUGAAGACGCUGACAAGAUUGCUUCGAUAAAUGAAAAAAUUAAACUUGUGCCCUUAAAAAUAGACGAAGUAACAAAAUCUAAUGACGAUGAUUCCCAAAAUGAGAAAGUUGAUAGUCCUGAGAAGAUUAAAUUUCACGAAAUAUCAAGACCCAAGAUGAAUGAUCUUAAUAGUGGAACUAGGAUGCCUGAAAAUAAGCCGUUUUUGAGGGAUCGCUCUGCUUCUAUAGGUACAUUGAACUUGAAGACACCAAUAACUCAGUUGAUUGGAGAACAAAAUCGGACGAUGCUGUUUCAGGUCGGCAGAUCGGAACUGAGACUCAUCAGUCCCGACAGGAAGCAGAUCCUCCUCCACAGGGCGUUCAGGGACGUGGCCAGUUGUGUCCUGGGCCGGAUAAGGAAGGACCAUUUCGGCUUCGUAUGCAGGGAGACGAACCAAUAUUACGCGUGUUACGUGUUCAAAUGCGAGAGUGAUUCUGUUGCCAACGAAGUUGUUAAUGCCAUCAAGCAAGCGUUCGUGGCCCACGCUGAGCUGCUGAAGAAGACCAGGGAGAAGUCUCCGAACAUGACCUGCGAACAUUGUCCAAUGCUGUGGUACCAUAGACUGUGUCACGAUAUUGAAGGCAUGAAUGAGAAGAAAACUCACUCCUUCAUCCUCCGUCGCAUAGAACAACUACCUGAUGAUGAACAGGAACUCAUCAUCAUGAAGUAUCAGGGUGGAACCAACCACAUGUACGAGGUCGGUGAACACAACGCUUUCCUGAUGAUGCUUCUGAGGGCGCACUGUGAAGCGAAACAAACAAGGCAUGUUCACGACACUGCCGAGAAUAGGUCAGAGUUUUUAAACCAGUACCUGGGCGGCAGCACCAUAUUCAUGAAAGCGAAGCGGUCCUUGUCCAGCGGAUUUGACCACCUGCUGAAGAGGAAAUCCAGCAAGGACGACGGCACCCUGGCUCAGAUGCAGAAAAAGGAAGCCUCCCCAAUUUCUCCGACAACAGCAGAACCUCCUGAACAGCCCGCACAAGACUUAUUGUCUCCGGACAAGGAUGUCGCAAACAGGAGCAAGUCCCUGUCGCCAGCUGUCUGGUCCCAGGAUACAGAUCCACCUUCACCCAAAAACCAAGGUUCCUCAAUUCCUACGGUGGACGAAGAUGAUGAGGAAAAAGAAGAAGCGGGCACACCUGUUAAUUCUCCAAUGAUGGACAUCUUCAUGAAAGUGAGCGACUCCCGGCCGACCACAACGGAGACUGGAACAGAAUCUGACGCGACGUGGAGACAGGCCAUAUACGAGAAAGUUGUGCAGCCACCAGACGAGCCUGAAGGUGAAUCAAAGAAACUGCUCAGCAUACCAUCAGCGCCUCCAGGCAAACGGAAUAAGGAACAGCUUCGACAGCUGUGGAAGAUGGCCAUCGACCAGACCAUACUGCUGGUUAGGAUGGAGAAGGAGAACGCUAGAUUGAAAGAAAGAGAAGAAUCCUCGGCCGUACGUCGCAUAAAACUGGAGUACACAGAAUUGGGGCUAUGCGACGCUGGUGUGAUACUAAUGUGGGAUUCAAUGCUGAACAAAGAUGGGGCGAGGCCCAUGUCGAAGGUGGACAAGCAUAUGCUGACUCAGGCAGUCAUGCAAGGUGUCCCGAGGAUGUCUCGUGGUGGAGUUUGGUACUUCCUAGCAGAACAAGCAUCUCUCCGCUCCCCACCACCCGACGUGAGGGCCUUCCCCCACUACCACACCUCGUACAGAACGCUUUUGGCUGGUCUAACGAAACAUCAGCACGCUAUACUUAUUGAUUUAGGUCGCACGUUCCCGAAGCAUUCUUACUUCGCCUCGGCCCUGGGGCCAGGUCAACUAGCUCUGUACAACAUUCUCAAGGCGUACUCACUGUUGGAUCCAGACGUUGGUUAUUGUCAAGGCCUUAGUUUUGUCGCUGGGAUUCUUUUGCUUCAUAUGGAAGAAGCCGAAGCAUUUGUUCUGCUUCGUCAUUUAAUGUUCAGAAGAGGACUAAGGAAACAGUACUUGCCUGAUAUGAGCGCUUUACAAGUACAGCUGUACCAACUCUCCCGCUUGCUCCGCGAUCACGAGCCCGAGCUGCACGCCAAGCUGGAAGCCCUGGACAUCUCCCCGGCUCUGUACGCCGCCCCCUGGAUGUUGACGCUCUUCACCAGUCAGUUCCCCCUGGGCUUCGUCGUUAGAGUCUUCGAUCUCAUCUUCCUAGAGUCUUUGGACGUGGUAUUCUCCGUCUCGCUCGCUCUCCUCUCCGUGCACAAGGACGGACUGAUGUUGUGCGAGAGUUGUGAAGAGGCUGCCGAGUAUUUGAAGCACAAACUGCCGGAUAUGGACAGGAUCAGCUACGAUAAAGUUAUGAAGAAGGUCCAUGCCCUGGAUAUAAGCAGGCAACUUAGCGACUACGCAGUAGAGUACGCUGUGCUCCGCGAGGAGAUGCCGAGGCUGGCAACACUCACUGAGGAGAACCGACACCUCAACGCUGAUAAGAAUAGAAUGUCGGAACAGCUCGAUUCUGCAAUGGACGCCAUAACGAACUACCAGAAGUCACAGGCCAAGAUGGAGUCGCAGAACAAGAUGAUGGAGCAGCAGCUGACGCUUAUGAGCCGCUACAUCUCCUCGCACCACAGGCAAGAAUUACCGCCAGAAAUCAAGAAAAUCGUUCAAAUACACAACAAAAAAUUAUCAUUCGGUUCCAAAAUAUUCUCAUCGAAAUUCAAUUCGAUCGAUGAUGACGAUAAACCAAAUAAAACUACAGGUGUUAGCAGUCCUAAUUUGUUCAGCAAAAUCAAUAGAGAUGACGUUCUUAAUAUUGUUAAUGCUGAUAAGAAUAAAGACAAUGGUAGGUUUGAAUUGAAGAAAUCACAAUCAGUACACUCCGGUUUGAUAGCGAAUAACUUGAAAAAUUAUCCUUUGAAAAUAGUUGAAGAGAAAAAGGAGGGUUCUAAUAAGCGUUCUGAAAGUUUUAGGGGUGAUAGUGUUCUUAGUGAAGGUUUGAAGGAGUUAGGUAAGAAAAAUUCAGGCUUCUUCGCCAGCACUCACGAACAAAUUAGACAAGAGAGACUAUUCGAACAGCAAUUGAAACAUGACUUCGACGAGAAUCUCAAAAGGUUAGACAGCAAUUCUAAAUCUUACAUUGAAGAUCUGAGUAUGUUUCAGAGCAGAAAGAGUAUGUCUCUAAAUUUGAGUCCAAGUAAUGUUAAGGUUAAUGAUAGCGGUUUCGUCACUCCUCUGAGUCCUCCACAAAAAGAUAAUGAAAAGAGAGAUGAUGCUUCUGUUAUUUCGCAUCCGUUGAGCGAUGUUGAUGCGGACAUCAAAUUUGAUGGUCAGUCCACGAGAAUUAAACAAAUCAGGCCUAUGAAAAGUAAUGUUAGUAAAUGAAUUUGUUGAACUAAAUUACACUGGCCGUCAAUGUGGUAGAACCAUUCCGUUUCGCUAAUAUAUUUAACUGUUUAUUAUUGAUUUAAUUAAUAAUUUUUUUUUUUGCUUUAAAUCCGGAAUUGUGUUUGUUACAUUAAGAAGAAGGUUUACCGACUUCAAAAAAGAAGGUUCUUGAUGGUUUUUCAAUUUUAUUACUUUUUGUAGUUUUUUCUGGCCUAGCAGCGCUCGGUCACCCAGGUACUAGAAUCAUUGAUUUAGUAUCCUCUUACACAAUUUCGAAACGUUCUUAUUGAUCUGCCAUCUAACUCACCUAACUAUUGUUCUUCUUUUGUAGAAGUCGACUUCUCUCUCAGUUUUAAAAUUAUCCAAAAAUCUAGUUAGAAAUAAUGUAAAAAACAGUGUUAGAGUACAAUAGAAAGGUGAUACUAUCUUUUUUUCACAGCGGUAAAAUGUAGGUACAAAUCUCGCUUUGGUCACUUUUUACUGAACUAGCGACCUGCCCCUCGCACGGGUAGCAUUUAUAGAUAUAUACAUACCUUCCUCUGAAAACCCUCUUUUCAACAUUUCAAACAGCAACAAAAUCCGUUCACAACUUACUUUGAUUACCGCAUACGUAAAUGCACGCAGUAGCGGGACUUUAUAAUUAUGUAGUGAUUUUAGGUAUUUAUAGUUUAGCGUUUACCAAAAUGGGUAAACAUUAACUUUGAUGGUCAGUGUAAUAAUGUAUUAAUGAAUUCAUUCAAAUUUAGUUUAAAUAAAUACCAAAGUAUAUCGUUAUUAGCUCAAAAUCAUUUCAUAAUUUAUGAUUAUGUUAAUUAAUAAUGAGAAUUUAAAAAUACAUGAAUAUCUAGGUUUUAAAAUAACUAAAGGUUCUUUGAUUCAUUUUAAGAAAAAUAUUUUCUUUGUUUUACGGUAAAUCUUCUGAGUUUAAACAAUUUUUUUUAAUCAGUAUUUUAUCAAAAUCUAUUUUAUUUUAGCGAUCAUAAAAAUCCAUAUAUAUAUAUAUUAUAUAUAUACCUGUUACAAUUUCUGUACUUAAAUAUUUUAGCAAGUACUACAAUACAUAGGAAAAACAAAGAAUUAAAAAAAAACUUUUUCUCUGCUUUUAUUAGGUAUAAAAUCUUUUUGAAGGUUUGUGAACAAUGUUUAAAGAAAUAAAAAAACAUAGGCCUCAUAAACAUAGCGUACAUACUAAUAGAUGUGCAAUAUAAAACCUUAUUGUUAAAGUGAUAAGUAACACGACAGUUAUUACCAAUGUCUUUUUAACAAAAACCUGAGAAAAUGACUAGACUUGUUAUCAGAUAUCCACAUCUUGAAUAAUCUCAAAAACAUUAGGUCUUUCAUUUCAAGAGCGCUUAAUUCUGUUGUGGUGUAAAAUAAAGAUUAUUUUUAUUUA